CCUAGUAGAGACGUGUUUGUUAUGCUCGGAGUGGCAGUCAGAGGAAUUUUAUUAUUAUAUAUCCUCUGGUAUAUCGAAUUUGAGGACUGAUAACUGGAAAACCUUCCUAACUGCCAACUCUAAAGAUCCUUGGAAAAACUAAGUUUUUUUUUUUAAAAAGCCUAUUUUGUACACAAAGAGGAGAACACGCCCGAUGACCUAAAACGCCCACAGAGGUAAAGAUCUGCCUGUAAGCGCUUCCAAUGAUUAGAUAACCGACAAAUAAUUAACAAAGUCUGCUGUGAUUUAUACUAGACUAUGCUCUCCUUAACCUUGCUGGAUAUAAAUAUUUUACUAUUCUUAUCCUUGAAGCUGUUCUCUGUUCUCUGUUUUGACUGCGCCAUCUCAAGUGACGCUAAUUUUCCAGUCCUGUUGCAGUUGCAGUUGAAGUUCACUUACCAAGCUAAAAGUUAAAAGUUAAAAAGAUGGUUUUUACUAGGAAAAAAUGUAAAGAGCUUGGAAUAGAACUGUGCACUGACAUAGACUCUUUACAAACUACAGGAAUGCAGAUUAAGAUGACACAUUUUUAUAACAUAAAAGAGACAACAAAGAAAGUAAGGCAAAGGAAGGAGAUGGGAUUUACAAUGAGUAAUGAUAAUGAUGUUAAUGACUGGAUGCUAAAUAAUUCCUUGGCAUGGAUUUUUAAUGCUGAUGACUCGACAGGGCCUAAUUUGGCUCAGGAAUUAAAAAUAGCUGACGAGGAAAAUUCUUUUCUCUUUGACUCAGCAAUACUGGGGAGAGCAACUAAUGUUUCAGCUGUAAGUGUUUCCAGUUCAAUGCCCCCACUUGAAUCCUCAUCUAUCUAUGAAGAUCUCAAAAUUAACUCUUUAGAACCUCGACAUCCUCAGAAAGAGACAAAAGAUCUGGCUGUGAAUAACCAACAAGGCAUUAUGAUGGAUGAAAAUUGGCCACAAAUGGUGACUCAAUCUUUAAUUCAAAUUUCUAAAUUUGUAGCGGAGUCGAACUCUCUACUUUCUAUAUUAGCUGAGGUUAUUACUAAGAAAGAAUUUCACCAUAAAGAAUUAAUAGUAAACUUACCUACAAACUCGCAAGCUACACAGACCACACGCCUGAAAUCUCUUCCCGGUCUGACAUCUAAAAAGAAGAAAUUAAAGGUAUCUAAGCAAGCUAAGAAGAGCAAAAACAUCAAAUCCUGCAAAGCUCGACAUAAACCUCGUAUGAGAUUUGACAAACUUUUUAAAUUAUUGGAUACCCCCAAUGCUCCUAAUAAGGGAAAAAGGAGGAGAAAAAGGAAGUCUAGGAAAACAAAGAUGGAAAAGAGGAUAAAUAUAUCUACAUCGAUCCAAAUGGAGCAAAAUAGUAAUUCUAUUGAUCAAGAACCUCCAAAAUUGGAAUCCAACACAUUGACUCCAUAUCCCACCUCUCUUAAUACUAAACCUCACUCUCAACAAAAAAAAGGGUCUACGGAUGAUCUCGAACUGGCCAAGAUCUUUAAAACCAAAUCAUGGGAAUUGGUUUUAAAUAAGGUAAAAUAAGCUAUAACAAAUUAUCCUAAACCCAAAGGUACAUUGACUCAAUCUCAACGAAGACAACAUUUCCAAUCCAUAAUGGGUCAUAUCAUACCUGGAAUAGAUUGGUGUAUGGAAGUUGCUUCAAUAGAAUAUCUUUUUUAUAAUUAUGUGGAAGCCAGAGCUAUGCUUACAUUUUAUGAUAAAAAAAUAGCUGGCCUCCUGUAUGAAAAUAGAAAUUUACUCCUUUUGCAGAAUUUAAAAUGCCAUAGGGUUUUUGAAAAUGUAGCUCCGAUACAAAGCCUAUUAUCCUUGAAUUCAAAUGGGCCUAAAUCUCGACCAUCAGAAUUAAAUGUGGAGGCAAGUGACCAGGCUCCUUUGCUGGUGACCUCUGAAGAAUUAUCCAUAAAUACUACCGAGGUGCAAGCUAGCUGUGAAGGAGCUAACCCUACGAUUGCUCUAAAUGAGGAAGAAAUGUUCUAUAUUCCGGAAGAACAACAUCUAUUGGAAUCAUAUACUGCACUCCCAGAUGAAGCACAACUGGAAAUCCUGGCCAAUCUCGAGAAGUUAGUAUCUACCUUAAAAAUGAAAAGAAAUGGACAAACUGAUGAUUCUAGAAAUUGUACUGGAAAAGAGAGUAAGGAUCCCUGCGGGCCCUUGAGAGGGGAAAAUCCCAGACAGAAAUCAAGUAUCCACACUUUAUUAAUGCCUAGUUCGUCGGGACAAACCGAUACUAUGUACUCCCUGGAAUUGAAGGCUGGAAAAGAAAUAACAACUGAGGUCAUAACUGUUCUACAGUCUACUAAAACCUGACAAAACUCUUCUCCAAAUUUACAACAACUAAAGAUCACCUCUUGGAAUAUAGCAGGUUGGAAGAAUAAAGACCUUGACCCAUACACCACCGAUUUUCUUGCACAAUUUGAUAUUAUCUUCUUCCAAGAAACUUGGUUAAUAGAUAAGCCGCAAUUAGAUGGUUAUACCCCUUUCUAUUUAGGGGCCUCUCAAAGUACUAGUGGUGGCCAUCCUAAAGGUGGUAAUUGUAUAUUUGUAUCUACGAAAAUUAAUGCACAAAUUGUAAAGUUUGAUCCCUUGCCAAAUUUAGCUCUUGCUAUAAGUUUAAAAUCUUCUUCACAGUCCUUACUGCUUGUCAAUGUAUAUCUACCUCCUAGUAAAGAUAAAAAAGAUGCUAUUGACAAAGUAGUAAGCUUGGAAGGCUACUUAGAGAACUUAACUGUAAAAUACCCUGAAGCCUCUCUUAUAGUUGCUGGAGAUUUUAAUGCUAGACUAGGUUCCUCCGAUUCUGCUUUAUAUACCAAAUAUCACAUGAUUCCUCCUUUAAUAGAAGGUUUUUGUAACAUCCCUUUAAGACAAUCGAGAGAUAGUGGAUUAAACUAUACUGGCAUUUAUUUGAUGCAAAAAUUAACCAAGUUAAAUUUAGUACUUUUAAAUGGUCGCACCUGCGGGGACUAUCAAGGGGAACUUACUUUCCUUUCACCAAGAGGUGCAUCUCAAAUUGAUUUGGCUUUUGUAUCCCAUGAGCUUUUCCAUCUAGUGAACAAUUUUAUUGUGGAAGAUCGACCGGAGAGUGACCAUCGACCUCUAACUAUUGUAAUUAAUUGUAAUGUAAUACCUUUGUUGUUGGGACACCGAACUUUCACUAGUAAUGAAGUGGAUGUUCGUCCGGGAAGGCUGAGAUGGAUACCUAAAGUAGAAAAAGAAUUAAAUACAUGGCUAAAUACCCCAGAUAUUCUAGCAAUUAAAGAAUUAAUCAUUACAUCAAUAUAUCCUGAGGAUCCAUCACUCUACUUUCAACAGUUAAUAGCCUCCUUUCAAAAAUCUCCUUUAACAACCUUAAAUAAUACUAGGAGAAAUAUGCCAAAGAGCUCCAAGACUUGGUUUGAUCAAGAAUGCCGUGACAAUAAAAAACAUUUAGUAUUGACCUAUAACACCUACAAAUUAAACAGAACAUCUGAACAUCUAUUAACUUAUUGUAUGGCAAGGAAGCAUUAUAAGAACCUAAUUAAAAGGAAAAAGAAAAUAGAAUUGAAUAAAACUUGGAUGCGUUUAUUGUAUGCUUCCAAGUUAAAAAACUCUACCUUGUUUUUGGAGGCUUGUUUCCUAUAACUGGCCAAAGCCUUUAUUCAAUCUAGAUUGCUUUAUCCCUCCAACCAUCUGGGAGGAUUACUUUGCCAGAUUAUAUCAAAAGAAUAGUGAUAACGGUAUUGUAAUACAUUAUACGGAAGCCGAAAUACCUGAAUGGCCACCUGUUACUAUACCUGAGGUCCUUGAUUUAAUUGCUAGGCUUAAAUUAGGGCAAGCUCCAGGCAGUGAUAACAUUCCUGUGGAAGCCUUCAAAUUAAAUUCGGAUUGGUGGGCCCCUCUUUUAGCUGCCUUUUUUUCUCAUAUUAAUAAUUCAAUGCAAAUCCCUAAAGAGUGGGGUCUUGCAAUAAUUAUUCCUCUACACAAAAAAGGUUCUUACAAUGACCCAGCUAAUUAUAGGCCAAUAAAUUUACUGAAUAUAAUCAGUAAAAUUUAUGCGACCUAUUUGUAUGACAAAUUGAAUGCCUGGGUAGAACAAAAGAAUUUAUUGGCUCAAGAACAAGCAGGUUUUAGGUCAGGACGUUCAACUAUUGACCAGGCCUUGGUUCUUUAUCAUUUCAUAUCUAAAUAUUCGACUAAGUCAGGUACUAUGAUGUAUACAGCCUUUAUUGAUUUUAAAUCUGCGUUUGAUUCUAUAUCUCGCGAGAGGCUUUGGGAGAAAUUAAAUGCCAGGGACAUUGAUAAAAGACUGUUACUAUUAAUACGGGGGCUAUAUACUGGUACAUCUUUACGGAUUAGAUGUAACAACAAGGGUCACUUAUCUAAUCCUGUCCCUACGUUUAAAGGGGUUAAACAGGGAUGUGUUUUAGCACCUCUUUUGUUUAAUCUUUAUAUUAAUGGAAUAGUCGAUUCCCUGGCCACUAUUUCUUCACAUGCCCCAAUAUUAGCUGGCUGUCCAAGAUCUAUACUUUUAUAUGCCGACGAUAUAGUCUUAUUGGCAAGAUCCUUAGUUGGACUCAGAUGACUUUUGGCAGCCCUCUCUACAUUUUGUUUGGAGGAACGGCUGUUAAUUAAUUAUGAGAAAACUAAGGUCUUAAUAUUUACUAAGAAAAGAUUGAACCAUCGUUGUGCCUUCUCUGCUCAGAUGGUGGAUGUUCAUCCUGUUCUUGAUGGGGUUACACUCCCCUUGAAGGAACAGGUUCGUAGCUUGGGAGUUCUUUUUGAUCCUUCCCUGUCUCUUGAGGCCCAGGUGGCCUCGGUGGCACGGAAUGCUUUUUACCAUCUUCGAUUGGUAGCCCAGCUACGUCCCUAUCUGGACAGUGACGACCUCGCUUCAGUUGUUCAUGCUCUGGUAACUUCUAGAUUGGACUACAGCAACGCGCUCUACGUGGGGCUGCCCUUGAAGACUGUUCGGAAACUACAGCUAGUCCAGAAUGCAGCGGCCAGAUUGUUGACGCGGACCAGAAGGUCCGCUCAUAUAACACCUGUUCUGGCCCGUCUGCACUGGCUUCCUAUUUGUUUCUGGGCUAGAUUCAAAGUGCUGGUUUUGACCUAUAAAGCCCUACACGGCAUGGGACCGCAAUACCUGGUGGAACGCCUCUCCCAAUAUGAACCUACCCAUACACUACGCUCAACAUCUAAGGCCCUCCUCCGAGUACCAUCCCAUCGAGAGGCUCGGAGGGUGAUGACUAGAACCAGGGCCUUUUCAGUAGUGGCCCCCGAACUGUGGAACAGUCUCCCUGAUGAGGUGCGCCUGGCGCCGACGCUACUAUCUUUUCGGUGCCAGGUGAAAACCUUUUUAUACUCCCAGGCAUUUUAAAGUGUAUUUUAAACAGCAUUUCCGUAUUUUGGAUGUUGUUUGGUUCGUUAUUGUUUGUUUGUUUUGUUUUUUGAUUUAUUGUAUUUAUUGUACUUAUAUAUUGUGCUUGUUUUUAUUUUUUUGUACACCGCCCAGAGAGCCUUCGGGCUUAGGGCGGUAUAUAAAUUAAACUAAAUAAAUAAAUGGCCAUUCAAUCGAGCAAAUAAAUUCUGUUUUAUAUCUAGGUUUAACGCUUCAAUCGACUGGAUCUUGGCAGACGCAGAUCAAAACAAUGGUCUGGAAUGCAAAAAAAACAUUGAAAGCCCUCCUGUCAUAUUUCUUCAACAAAGGUGGUCAGCUUAUUAUCCCAGCAAUUAAAGUUUUCUCUGCAAAGGUUGUGUCUGCAUUAGCAGCUCCAGAUUUAAUGCUCCAAGGAAGUGUGAACAAGGGUCACAGUCCACUUUGUGCUGCAUGGAACAGCAUGGCCCCAGAUAAUCAGCAGUGAACCAAACAACACACAAGCUCUGGAACUCAUCUGCCAUGCAGGUCACUUGGGACAGCUGUUCAUCAGCAUAGCUCCAAAGUAAACCAACCUGCACACCUGUAUGUAUUCAGAUGGGGGCCAAGAUUCUAGGUAUUAACGGUUGCAGACUAAAUAUGGAACAUGCAGAGGAAGAGGAUGCCUAUGAGUCCUCUUACAAUGUCAGUUUUCCACCAUGGGAGUGUUUUGGGAUGAGCUUCAAGGAGGAAUGGCAUGUGGAAAAUGUUAAAUCAAAUUUUAAAGUCCAAAUAGAUUUGUCAAGUUAAGACCCAUGACCAAAUUUCAGAAGGCUCUUUAGUCUUUAUCAUGUAUAUUUGACUCCUCUUCCCAUUCUGGAUGUGUGUGUGUUUUUACAGCAUGUUGUCUGUAUCUUAGCCUGACAAAGAAGUAACAAUAACCUGAACUGAAUGUGAACUCUUUUCCCGUGACCCUUACCCAGAAACAUAGAGGGGAAGCUCCAUGAUCACACGGGCACGUGCUACCACUGGGGCCAACCCAGGCUGCUCCGAGAUCCUGUGGGGAGAGACAGAGGAGGGCCUUAGCUAGGGACCCCUCCAGACAGAGAGUUAGAGGGGCUUUGCUAGGGGUCUCUCCAGAUGUCCUUUUUAUUGCAUAUUCAUGAUUAUUUGCACUCAUGAAGGUACUGGGGUGGUCCUACACAAUCCUACCUAAUCCUGCUUUCAGUACUUUGCGCCUGCAAACGUUUGGGGCAGCCACACUGCUUCAUUUCCAGUUAGAGCACAUCCCGUUACUUCCUCCUGAACUC